AUGCGGUGGUCGCUUGCCUGGACGUUAUUUCUCCCCUCCAUCUCGAUCCCAGUCCAAGCCUCACGAACAUGCUACCUCCCCAACGGCGAAGUCGCAAUCAAUGACCAACCAUGUUUCCCAGAAAACCCCGAAUCCUCCUGCUGCGGAGGAAGCACCUACGUCUGCGCAACCAACAACAUGUGCGCCUACUACGACGCCUCCUACUAUGUCAUCGGCAGCUGCACCGAUAAGACCUGGAACUCGCCGGCCUGCGAUCACAUCCACAAUACUGUCUUUCGCUGCUCGGCAAACACCUACUGCUGCGUGGACGGGCCCGCAUGCAACUGCACGACCGGCGUCAAUACACAGCACAUCGCGGAUUUCCUACCCGAGUAUUCGGAACUUGUAGGCUCGUCGGUUGCGCUGGAUACCGUCGCGACGAGCUCGUUGCUAACUCCGAUCGGAGCCACGCGCACCCCAGCCACUACUGUCGCCACUGUUCCUGCAACCUCGUCAUCAGCCCCGGGGGUCUCGGGUACAAGCACGACCACUCUUGCGACAACACCGGCAGCAACGCAUCUAUCCACGUCGACUACAUCGUCAGUUUCGCCGACCCAAACAGCGGUGAGCACCAGCAGCAACAGUCUCAAGAUUGGACUUGGGGUCGGGAUCCCGCUCGGGGCUCUGGCCGUCGCCCUCGUGGUAGUCCUCUUGAUCAUGCAGCGCCGCUGGAGGAGACGGCAGGUGCUGACGGAGAUGAAGAGGACAUCGCAGCAAGUUUUCUACCUGCAGCGGCACCCGGAGCGACCACCGUCGGAGAAUGUGAAGAAGAAUCCGUACCUUGAGUUGAGGCAAACGCAUAUCUUCGAGGCGCCCGGGCAUGAGGCGGCGAGGAUAUAG